UGGGUGGAGGUGGAGAGGAAGAGCUGCCGGAAGUAGGCGGCAGAGGUGGUGGCGGAGCAGGCGGCAGCUGCCAGGGAAACCGAGGCGUGAGAUUCACUGCAGGCAGACGGGCAGGCCAAGCGGUCGUCUAUGUGCCCGGCAUCCAGGAGGCCCGAGAGUCCCCCUUGCCAGGGCUGAGGGUCCCUGGUCCGGCAACUUCCCUUGAACUCCGGCAUUUCCCUAAACCCGCCAGGGGGCGCCUCACUGAGGGGUUGCAGAGUGGGGGGACGGGCGCCGCGGACCGAAGAAGGGGCGCCGGGCCAGAAGAGAGGGCUCACCCCCGCUCAGGAGGUGCACCUGGGCGGGGGACCAGGAGUCCUCACCUCCGGACUGAGGCAGAGGUUUCUGGGGGCGAGGAGGGCGCGCUGCCCUCUGCCCCCGCCGGGACCCUGGCCAUGACGGGCAAGUCGGUGAAGGACGUGGAUCGGUACCAGGCAGUCCUGGCUAACUUGCUGCUGGAGGAGGAUAACAAGUUUUGUGCGGACUGCCAGUCUAAAGGAUUACAGUGCAUGCAAGAGAUGGGGAAUGGAAAGGCAAACCGCCUGUAUGAAGCUUACCUUCCUGAGACUUUUCGGCGACCUCAAAUAGACCCACCAGAGAAAAAAAUGGAACCUGUUGUUUUUGAGAAAGUGAAAAUGCCACAGAAAAAAGAAGACCCACAGCUACCUCGGAAAAGCUCCCCGAAAUCCACAGCACCUGUCAUGGAUUUGUUGGGCCUUGAAAUAGAGCCUGUUCUUUACCUUUCACAAAGCAGCAGAGAGAUGAGGGAGGUCCCAGGAGGACCACUCCAAUUCUCCCCCUGCCCUCUUUGUCCGAAGGUUGUAGGUUCCAUGCCCACUGCAGGGAGUGCUGGCUCUGUUCCUGAAAACCUGAACCUGUUUCCAGAGCCAGGGAGCAAAUCAGAAGAAACAGGCAAGAAGCAGCUCUCUAAAGACUCCAUCCUUUCACUGUAUGGAUCUCAGACACCUCAGAUGCCUGCCCAAGCAAUGUUCAUGGCUCCCGCUCAGAUGGCAUAUCCCACAGCCUACCCCAGCUUCCCUGGGGUUGCGCCUCCUAACAGCAUAAUGGGGAGCAUGAUGCCCCCACCAGUAGGCAUGGUAGCUCAGCCAGGAGCUUCUGGGAUGGUUGCCCCCAUGGCCAUGCCUGCAGGCUAUAUGGGUGGCAUGCAGGCAUCAAUGAUGGGCGUGCCAAAUGGAAUGAUGACCACCCAGCAGGCUGGCUACAUGGCAGGCAUGGCAGCUGUGCCCCAGACUAUGUAUGGGGUCCAGCCAGCUCAGCAACUGCAAUGGAACCUUACUCAGAUGACCCAGCAGAUGGCUGGCAUGAACUUCUGUGGAGCCAAUGGCAUGCUGAGCUAUGGACAGUCGAUGAGCGGCGGAAAUGGACAGGCAGCAAAUCAGACUCUCAGUCCUCAGAUGUGGAAAUAAAAACAAAACACCUGUAUGGCUGCCACUCUCCACCACCCUCUCUGUCCCCCUUUUUCCUCUUUUCUCAACCCUUUCACCCCAUCCCCUUUUCCUACCUCUCUCAGUUUGGUUUAGAAAUUGCUCAUUCUGUCAUUUGGGGUUUGGCGUUCUGCCCAGUGCAGCCACUUCCCAAACCCGCAGCCCUCUCUCUGUUGCUUUAUGUUGUCCACGUUCCCUGGCCAUCCUGACUCCUCCCCAGUCUCAGCCCUAGUCCUCCUGCACCAGCACCUUAGGAAUUGUUGGCAGACGGCACUUAAGCUAUGGGAGAAAUGUGCACGCUUUGGCGUACCCUGCCCACAGGGUAAACCUCCUCUUAGACUCUCAGAAGGGUCUGCAGGGGUUGUUUUAGGCAAAGGGGAGGGUUUAGAGGUACCUCCGUGUGAGUUAUUCCUAUAUGUUUAAAUUAUGGGUUGAAGAGGGAGCCAUCAUGGUUCCAUGAUUUAUGGGAAAGAAGAAAGGACUGAAAUGAAAUGAAAUACUCCUUGGGUCUCAGAUAAGGUUGGCCCUCGCCCUGGAUGAGGCAAACCCCCAUCUAUGGGGAUGAGCAAAAAUAUUACUUUACUAUGCCCUGAAUUGCUUUCUGGCUCUGAGACUUCAGGACUGGCUGCUUCAGUCAGUCUUUAUUAGCACCAAAGACUCUGUGAAGGUCCCACGUAAAACCACACACCCCUUUCCCUGCCUCCAUCCUGCCUGCAGAAGGAUCUGGCUCCACGGCUGGAAGACCACUCCCUCCAGUGAGAAUGCAGAGCUUAACACGCAUAUUGCUGCGUGUGUGUGUGUGUGUGUGUGUGUGUGUGUGUGUGUGUGUGUGUUCCACCCCCCACCACACUCUCCCCAUCUGCUCUGGGUAUUUUUGUUUUUUCAGUUUUAGGUUUACAACAGAGAGGAGUUAAUUUAUCAACAGCCUAAAACUGCUGCCAGUUUUUCUUAUAGUUUAAAAAAAUUGCAAUCUCAUUGAUGGCUCCCUUCCUCCUUUCCCAUCUCCCAACCUGCCAAUCACUCUUUCAUGCCUGUGCAUCCCAAGCGGCUCUGUUUUCCCCAACUGUUCCAGGUGUAUGAAGCAGAGAGCCUGGACAGCUUUCCGCUCGGUCAUUGUUCACCCUACUUGAAAAUUAAGAAAACUUUGCUUAAAAGAUUUCAUCUGUGGGAACCACAAUUCCUGGUUGCCUUUCUCCUGUGUAUGUGUAAAUUCCUUAAUAAAUAUUGCAGGGAAGGAC